UUUUGGUGAAAAAAGCAAGUUAAAUGGCUCACGUGUUACUAUUAAGUAAAACUCUGCUAUUACACCAGCUGAGAAUAUAUCCACAAUCUCCUCUGCUCAGUGGAUAGUGUACAUACACACGUGCCUACCCAUCAGCAAAAUUUCCUUCCUGCGCAAAACUGCUGUAUAACAAGAGGAACAUAUUCUACCGUGCGUCAAAGUAGGUGUGUAUAUAUAGCUACACAUCUUGUGCUGCAAUCGUUAUUGUGUAGAAGAUCAUAAGGAGAAUCAUUUCAUCGCCUGAAAACGUUGGUUAGUUUGUAGUUCUGUUUCGACAGAGGUUUCUCUGAAGAAAGCCUAAUAUCCACAAAAUAUAGAAACUGCAAACGUAGCUCCUUACUUAGGACAGGCUACUGCUUAAUAAGAAGAGUUUCGGAUUUUGUUUCAGCCGAUCUCACGUAGACACGUACAGUAGGUAAUGUAUGAGUGGCGAGGUUCGUUUUGUCGUAUUGAACACGGCUCGGUUUUUUUUCGCAAUGCACAUUGUUGUCGAAGCUAUGAUAUUGCGCCGUUGGAUGUAAUCUGCUGCUGAUGCAGGCAAGAUGCACAGAAGAUGCAGGAAAGAUAAAAGCCAUAGAAAAAGACGUAGCAUGCUGGGACAGUAGUGAGUAGGAUUCCUCUGGGCAGUCGCAGCUGGCCGUACCAGCAUGGCGGACUUGGUGCAGGGCCUGGCCUUCUUUUACGGCAACAUCACACGAGAGGAGGCAGAGGACCAUCUGAAGCAGGGAGGACUGAGCGACGGCCUCUACCUGCUCCGGCAGAGCCGCAACUACCUGGGUGGCUAUGCCCUGUCAGUGGCCUUCAGCCGCCAGUGCUACCACUAUACCAUAGAGAAGGAGCUGAACGAGACAUACGCUAUAGCGGGAGGCAAGUCGCACCGCACACCGGCGGACGUGAUCGACUACCAUGCGCAGGAAUCGGAUGGGCUCAUCUGCCUCCUGAAGAAACCCUGCAAACGGCCGCGUGGGGUGCAGCCCAAAGUGGGUGCCUUUGAGGACAUUAAGGAGGAGCUGAUCCGGCUGUAUGUAAAACAGACCUGGAAGCUGCAGGGUGCCGCGUUAGAUCAGGCAAUCAUUAGCCAGAGACCUCAGCUGGAGAAGCUGAUCGCCACCACAGCGCAUGAGAAGAUGCCCUGGUUCCACGGCACCAUUACGCGUGACGACUCGGAGCCACGGUUACUCAGUGCUCCGCAAACGAAUGGCAAGUUUCUGAUACGGCAACGAGAUGCCAGUGGCUCUUUUGCUCUUUGUCUCUUACACAAUGGCCAGGUCAUGCACUACCGCAUAGACAAGGACAAAACUGGCAAACUCUCAAUUCCUGAUGGGAAGAAGUUUGACACUCUCUGGCAGCUGGUGGAGCACUACUCCUACAAGCCCGAUGGACUGCUCAGGGUGUUGACUGAACCCUGCCCACGACCUGAUGGCCGUCCAACAAUUCCUUCCAAUCAUCCAAUGCGACUUGCCACAGGUGGGAUUCUCUCCAGAAUCAAAUCCUACUCCUUCCCCAAACCUGGCCACAAAAAGAUCAGAACAACUACCUCAAGUGCCCAGGCCUCCAAUUCCAACCCUUAUGCCACAAGGCCAAAACUGUCCACCACAGAAGCUAUGCCCAUGGAUACUGAGGUGUACGAGAGUCCAUACGCAGACCCAGAUGAGCUGCGCUCAACUACGGUGGAUCGGAAGGACUUGUACUUGGAGGAUGGCGAGCUGGGCUCAGGCAACUUUGGCACUGUACUCAAGGGUAUCUAUAACAUGAGGAAAAACCAGAAGCCAGUGGCGGUGAAGAUCUUGAAGAAUGAAGAGAACAAUGUGGCCGUGAAAGAGGAGAUGCUACGUGAGGCUCAGGUUAUGCAGCAGCUAGACAACCCCUACAUCGUGCGCAUGAUUGGCAUCUGUAAGGCCGAAAACCUCAUGCUGGUUAUGGAGCUGGCCGAGCUGGGGCCCCUGCACAAGUUCCUGCAAAAGAACAAGCACAUCAGUACGAAGAAUAUCACAGAACUUGUGCAUCAGGUCUCAAUGGGGAUGAAGUACCUCGAGGAGCACAACUUCGUCCACAGAGACCUAGCUGCCAGGAACGUGCUCUUAGUCACCCAGCACUACGCAAAGAUCAGUGACUUUGGCCUGUCUAAAGCGCUCACUGAGGAGGAGAACUAUUACAAGUCCCAAGGCCACGGAAAGUGGCCGGUAAAGUGGUACGCACCUGAAUGCAUGAACUUCCUCAAGUUCUCCUGCAAGAGUGAUGUGUGGAGCUUUGGUGUCCUGAUGUGGGAGGCUUUCUCGUAUGGACAGAAGCCGUACAAGGGCAUGAAGGGCAACGAAGUCAUCCAGAUGAUAGAGAAUGGGGGCAGGAUGGAUGCCCCACUCAACUGCCCAUCUGAGAUGUAUAAUCUUAUGAAAAAAUGCUGGACAUACAAGCCAGAGGAGAGGCCUGGCUUCUCAGUUGUGGAGCCCAAGCUAAGAGACUACUACUACGACAUCUCUCACUGACCACUGGAUACAAUGUACACUGCUAGAAGAGGCAGGAUGUAUGAAAAGCAAUACAGUUGGAGCUGUUUGGACAUGGAGUUUAAAUGAGUUCAGAAUUUAGGACUAGUUAUCCUGUAAAAUAGUUAACAGUUGAAAGGUCUGCUAGUGUUGAGAUACUAGGAGAAAAAACAGAUUUAAGGAGUAGUAAGACUGAACAUUUUCUUUUCUCUGUUAUUUAAUGCAUGCUUGUUCAAAAUGUUUUCAUGUAAACUGUAAGCCAAAGUUUCAAUCAGUAACCACCUGACUUGGCAAUUUUCCUAUAAUAUAUUUCCUAUAGCUUAUAAAAGUUUCCUCUAGUAUAUUAUUUGGAAUACUAGUUUCAGUUGUAUAAUUUUUCUACAUUUAUAUUGAUACUCAGCAAUACAAUGCAUUACUUAGUACUUAUCAAAUUAAAACUUCUUCACUUUUAACCAUGUAUUAGUAUUGCAAGCUGAAAUAAGGUGACUUGAUGCUUAAAACAGGCAUUGAGCCGAGGUUUGAGCACGUGUUGAAGAGAACACAUUUCAGCUGCAAAAGCAAUAACUGUCCACACCUAGAAAGAAUGGAACACCCCCUCCCUCCCAGUAUUAUAAUCCCAAACUCAUAGUCACUGUAUUUGCCUGGAGUAAUUUGCAGUGCUAACUGAAGGGAAGUUAAAGUGUACCAUUUUGGUGGAUGGUACAUGGAUGCUCCUAAUCAGAAGCUGGUGUGGUGCAGAUGUAUAGAUAGCAGAGAGCCUCUUCUCCCUGCUGCAACUGGUUUGCUUCCUACAGAGAGCAUUCCUCUUCAUAUCCAUUUUCACUCAUGCCAUAUAUGUGAUCUUUUGCAUGUUUUAGGUUUUUUUUUUCAUUUUAUGCACAAAGACUGAAAACUGUUGCUUAUAUAAAACUGUGAGUCCUGCAAUAUUUUUCCCCACAUUCAGAAAUGUACACUAUAUGUCAAGAUGUCUCUAUAAGGUUUAAAUUUUGACAUUCAUGAUUGUUGUCAUUCAAUGCUUAUUUCAAGCCCUUUAGUUCAACUGACUUCCUAGUUAAAGUUACCAUCCCUGCUUCCCAAUCCCAGUGAGCGUGAAAU